CUCCCUGCGCAGUCACUUCCUUCCGGGCUUCUGGCUUCUGGGGCGAAAGUGCCCUUUGUCUCUCCCAGGAAUUGCAUCGGUGGCCCCAUCUGGGAUCUGGACUUGGUCGCACCUCUAAUUUAGGAUACUCUUAGCCUUGGUACAGAAAUUGGCAGGAGACAAAGGAGUUCCUUCAGCCCUCUUGGAAGCUUCCCCAGAGCACAGAUCAAAGAUGGAUGGGGAAGACUCAAAUGCCCCUGAAGCAGAAAGAGGAACCCGUAUCACCCCAGCUGGGAGCAGUGAGGAAUUCUGGGAAAGAACAGUGCAGAAGAUUCUGGGCGAGGAGGACACCUUCAGCUCAGAUGUACAGCGCCAGAGUUUCAGGCAUGUCCGCUACAAGGAUGCUGAUGGUCCCCGAGAGCUUUGCAGCCGACUCCAUCAUCUCUGCCAACAGUGGCUGAAGCCAGAGCAACACCCAAAGAACCAGAUCCUGGACCUGGUGAUCCUAGAGCGGUUCCUGGCUGUCCUUCCACCGGAAGUGGAGAGCUGGGUGAGGGAAUGUGGAGCGGAGACCACUUCCCAGGCGGUGGCCCUGGCCGAAGGUUUCCUUCUGAGCCGGGCAGAGGAGAAGAAGCAGGCAGAGCAGCAGUGUCUUCAACAUCUGUUCCUGUUUCAGGGAAAGGAUCCGUUUGCGGAAAUGGGCACAGAUUUCCUUGCUGCAGAAAGGAUCCCAUGGGACGCCAAGCAAAGGCCACUGGGUGACCAAAUCCUGCCAGGAAGACCUCCUAAGUUGUCUCUUAUUCACGACGGAGGGGAAGCAGUUGCUGCGGCACCUGAUCAGGGUUCAGUGUCCUUUGAUGAUGUGGCCGUGCAUUUCACGGAGGAGGAGUGGGCCCUGCUGGAUGCUGACCAGAGAGCUCUGCAUAAGGAAGUCAUGGAGGAGAAUGGUGGGAUCGUGGCCUCUCUCGAAGGUCAUGACGUGCACACCAAGAAUAAGGGCGACCAUGACAAUAUCCACAGAGUUGGGGAGGCAUAUAAAUAUUUGGAGUGUGGAGAGAGCUUCGAUCAGAGCUCCCAUCAAAUAACUCACAGUGGGGAGAAACCAUAUCAGUGCUUGGAAUGUGGAAAGAGCUUCAUCUGGAAGAAAAGCUUCAAUGCACAUCAAAGAAUUCACAACGGGGAGAAGCUGUAUCAAUGCUCAGAAUGUGGAAUGAGCUUCAUCUGGAAGAAAAGCCUCACUUCCCAUGAAAGAAUUCAUACAGGGCAGAAGCUAUAUCAAUGCUCAGAAUGUGGAAAGAGCUUUGAUAGUAGAACAAAAUUCCAUAAUCAUCAAAGAAUUCAUACAGGGGAGAAACCAUUUCAGUGCUUGGAAUGUGGAAAGAGCUUCAGUCAGAGCUCCACUCUCACUAUCCAUCGAAGAAUUCACAGUGGGGAGAAACCAUAUCAGUGCUUGGAAUGUGGAAAGAGCUACAAUCGGAGCUAUGGUCUCACUCUCCAUCGAAAAAUUCACAGUGGGGAGAAACCAUAUCAGUGCUUAGAAUGUGGAAAGAGCUUCACUUGGAAGACAGGCCUCACUUCUCAUCAAAGAACUCAUACACGGGAGAAGUUAUAGCAGUGCUUGGAAUGUGGAAAGAGCUUCACUUGGAAGACAGGCCUCACUUCUCAUCAAAGAACUCAUACACGGGAGAAGUUAUAGCAGUGCUUGGAAUGUGGAAAGAGCUUCACUUGGAAGACAGGCCUCACUUCUCAUCAAAGAAUACAUUGGAGAAGCUAUAGCAGGCUUGAAAUGUGGAAAAAGCUUAGGUGAGAGCUCCCAUCUCACUUCCCAUUGCAGAAUUUACACCAGAGAGGUACUAUAUCAAUGCUUGGAAUAUGGAAAAAGAUUUAAUACAUGCAGAAGCUUCUGCCGUCAUCAAAGAAUUCAUGUAGGAGAGCAACCGCCCAGAGAGCUAUGCUAGUGCGGCAGUAUAAAAAUCUAACAAAUAAAUAAAAUAAAUAAAUAAACCAUAAAAGCAGUGGCAGCUGCUGGUCAUUGGAUCUGGGAGAGCUGCUAAGACAUCACAAAGGCGUGGCCAAGUUGAUCUGGUUUUCUCCCCAUCCUCCUCUCUUGCAAAGUUUCUGUGGAUACUUGGGCAUUACAGUUGUACAAAUACUUAGCAUCUGAUGAAACUAAAAAGUACCUCAUUUGGUUCAGAAGUGGUCCUUGCCGACCCUGUUUGCUUUUAGGACAAACGUUGUGUAGUGUCCACCUGUUCUUGUUCUUUAUCCUCCUCCUUUGGAAAGAAACGGUGGGCAUCUAAACAUUACAGUUGUAUAAAUGCUUUGCAUCUAAGUGUCUUACCUGCGUUCAAAUUGCUGUCAAAUGUGUAGUGUGGGUUCAUGCCACAAUAACCUUACAUUGCUCAGAAGUAACCCCACUGAACUCCAUGAGAAUUAUUCCCUGAUAAAUAUGUAUAGGAUGCAGCCUGAAUGUGUUAGUCUUUACUAUUCUAGACAGGAUUGUUAACAAAGGCUGCCAUAAAUUUACCAGACGUAUGGGAAAAAAGAGAGCCAGUGUGGUGUAGUGGUUAACGUGCUGGACUACGACCUGGGAGACCAGGGUUCGAAUCCCCACAUAGCCAUGAAGGUCACUGGGUGACUUUGGGCCAGUCACUGCCUCUCAUCAUGAAAAGCCUAUUCAUAGGGUCGCCAUAAGUUGAAAUCAGCUUGAAGGCAGUACAUUUACAUUUUUAUGGGGAAAAAAUAUUCCCUACCCCUCCGCAAUUCCUUUUGUAAUCCUCCUCCCCAUUCUAUUUUGAAUCCUCUUUGCAGAAAUGGUCACUAAUUUAAUUAAAAGGGAGAGGACUCCAGACAGAGACCAUUGGGUAAGGAUGAAUGCGAUGUAUCUCAGUGCGGUCUUCCUCUGCCAAUUUUGAAAUGGGCUCCUUUGAUCUUUAAUCUCUCCAGACAUUUCCACAGGUGAAAAAUGCUCCUAUUCACAAAAUGUGACGACUUUAUACAUGGGAACCAGCACUUUGGCUACAGGCCAAGAGCCAUAAGGGGGAAAGAGGUGUUUGCACACUGCUGAAAUAUAAAAUGGGUACAAACACUGAACAGACAAAAGUUUUUCGAAAGCCCACACUUGAAGCUCCUCUCCCAAUACUACCUACCCAGAUGCUUUGGUCUCCUCUUGGGGUGCUUCCCUAGGGCCCCCCUCUCAGGGAGGCUCGGAGGGUGGUGCCAAGAGGGCCUUUUCAGUUGUGACUCCCCCAUCUGUGGACUACUCUCCCCAGCAAGGUCCACCUCGCACCUUCGCUGACAUCUUUUCAGCACCAAAUAGACGCAAGGUUUUUUCCUGAGGCUUUUGAGAGACUGAGAUUAACUUGUUCACAUUGGUGCGCAGCCAAAGCUUUCUGAUAGGGAGUUGUUUUGUGUACAGAUAUAGAUAGUGUAUAUAUUUGAAUGAAUGGUACGCGUUUUAUAUGUUUUUUUAAUGGUAUAAUGUAUCUGUGUUUGGGUUUAUAAGUGGGUUGUAAGUAGCUUGGAGUGGCUAACAACUCAAAUAAAGUUUGGACAUUUUUCACUUAACCUCUGAGCAUGUGCUACUGCCUUCCCACCACCCAUGAUGCUGGUGAGACCUCCUCAGCCAUCUCAACUUUGCAGUGGAGCAGAAGCAGCUACUAUGGAAUGGGUGCCUCGGUCCCCUGCUCACCUCUUUGGGCCUGAACAAAUUUCUCUCCUCCCCUUUGCUUCUGUCAAAGCCAAUUCAGGUCCCUUCAUGUUAAUUACGGCCAUGUCCCUCCCUGUUUUUAUUACUGUGGGAUUGAGAAUGAGGUCCUUGGUUAUGCCUAGGAAUCAAUAAGUGUGAAAGAUGAGAGUGUUAGCUAUUGAGAAGAGUCUUCUCAGUAUUUGACCAAUGUCCUUUCACUCUGAAUGGCUCAAAUCCAAUCAUGUUAGAAGACUUCUCAGUGGCUAAUACACUCCCCUUUCAUGCUGAUUGCCUUGUAGGAUGCUGGAGACAUUGUAACCCUGCUCCGAGACUUCCUGAAACUCUGCAUGACUACACCCCUGGUCAAAGCUCUCUUUAACAAAGGCUGUGAAUGCCAUUCAAGAACAUUUAAAUCAUGAGAAUAAUGACCAACCACCUCACCUUAACUAGCCUUUUGGAUGUAGCUAACAAUAUAUAUUAGUAGUAGCAAUAUUAUUUAUUUUUAUAAUGUUUAAUGCUAAAAUAGACUUCUAAGCAGUUUACAAAGUCUAAAAACCAGUUAAAGCUAAAAUUAGAAAGACCUAUCAAAAUGUGUAAUAUGACAGUUGCAUUAAAACAACACACCAGUUAAUAUCAAAUAACAAAGCAAUGAGUUGCAGAUUAUACAGCCAGAAGAGUGCCUGUAUACUAUAGCCAGCGUGGAUUUUUCGCAUUCUGCAAUGUUAAAUUGAAAAUACCCCCCUUGCCAUUCUGAUGCUUCCCAUAAGCUCAUUUCAAAAUGAACCUUACAAAACUUAUAGUUCUGAACUCAGAAAUGCUUGCUUAACAACACUUAGUUUUUAUGGUGAUACACAAAACACUCAGAAAGAAUCAAGAGUUCAGAGUGUAAAAUGAGAAAAAAAAUCCAGACCCCUGUUGGACUUUUUUCUGUCAGUGUUCUCAUAAUUUGUUGAAAUUAAGAAUCACCCAUGUUCACAGAGUAUCUAUAAUCCUAUUACUGACCUUGCCCCAUACUCUGACCUUCAUUUUCUGCAGUUUAAAAAAUGCCUCGCUGAUUUUUAAUUAAUUUAAGAAAUUUAACAUUGGAGUCAAUGAUAGGUCCGGGCAUGCUCAGUAAGAACUGUCAGUGUUCUGAAAGCCAGACUCACAGCUGCCUGGCUUGGCUAAUCGGGGCCACACCCACACCAGACAUUUCGCUUUAGACAGUCAUGGCUCCCCCCAAAGAAUCCUGGGAAGUGUAGUUUGUGAAGGGUGCUGAGUGUUGCUAGGAGACACCCUAUUCCCCUGACAGAGGUCCGGUAGCCAGAGCGGUUUAACCAUCAGCCCGUUCUGGUGACUUUAGCUCUGUGAGGGGAAUAGGGCAGAUUAUGAAUCUUCACGGAAAGUGAUAGAACCACUAAGAAAUCCUACUUAUAUUUUUAAAAGACGAAAUGCUUUUCUGAACCUCUUUCCUUCCUCUUCUAACCAAAACUCUUUAACUAGCAAAAUAACUCUGUAACGCAGUAAGUCUCUUAACUUAAAACUCAGUUUGCAUCUCCCCGCCCCUUUCAAAGACCUGCUCUAGUAUAGCCAAAGUCAUGUGCUGCGCAGCAACAUCAUGCACAAUUGGAAGGGGGCAGCUUUGCUUCCAGGCCUCUUAGGUCUCUCUCACCACGGUUUCUUUGCAUGGCUGUUUCCUCGCCUUGCAUUGCCAGAUCUGUUUGGGGGACCUGAAGAGUCCCCAACCCCAUCUGCAUGUGCAAUGCUCCUGCUUGGAGAAAGUUGGCUUUCGAUGGGUUAAGAUGAACUGAACUGGAAUCCUAGUUGUUGUUAGAUGCCUUCAAGUUGAUUUCGACUUACGGUGACCCUAUGAAUCAAUGUCCUCCAAUAGCAUCUGUUACUCUGUUCGGAUCUUGUAAGUUCAGGUCUGUGGCUUAUGGAAUCAAUCCUCUCUUGUCUGGCCUUCCUCUUUUUUUACUCACUUCUGUUUUUCCCAGCAUUAUGGUCUUUUCUAGUGAAUCAUGUCUUCUCAUGAUGUGUCCAAAGUAUGAUAACCUCAGUUUCAUCAUUUUAGCUCCUAGUGAUGGUUCUGGCUUAAUUUGUUCUGACACCCAAUUAUUUGUCUUUUUCGCAGUCCAUGGUAUGUGCAAAGCUCUCCUCCAACACCACAUUUCAAAUGAGCGGAUUUUUCUCUUAUCUCCUUUUUUCACUGUCCAACUUUCACAUCCAUACAUAGAGAUCGGGAAUAACAUGGUCUGAAUGAUCCUGGCUUUAGUUUUCAAUGAUACAUCUUUGCAUUUGAGGACCUUUUCUAGUUCUCUCAUAGCUGCCCUCCCCAGUUCUUGUCGUCUUCUGAUUUCUUGACUAUUGUCUCCAAUUUGGUUAAUGACUGUGCCAAGGUAUUGAAUCCUUGACAUAAAUGUCUUAUUUGGGUUAAGACCCUUGCUAUCACUGUUGUAUCUCUGCUAGGACAAGCAUGUGGAUUCAGCACCUGUUGUGGUUCUCUUCCUAUCCUCCUCCUUUGCUACAAAACAGUGGACUCUUAAACAUUAUAGCUGUAUAAAUACUUAGGACGUCAUUUAAUGAAAUAUUUAUGCUAGUGCAAGGAUUAGCACUACUGCAAUGGAAAUGGCCCCUUGCAUACUCUGUGCUGUCUGAUUCUGGAGGAUUGGGGGGAAACCCAGAACAGAUUUAGGGAGCAUGCAAAGGAAAGAAAGGGGGUGAAUAUUCUGUUGCACAAGGAGAAUUCCUUGCUCUGAUGGAAUGUUCCCCUUUGUGCUGCAUUGAAUACAACCCUUAGCACCUAAUUAAGCAUCUUAGCUUGGUUCAGAAUUGCUGUCACAAUGCCUAUUCAUGCCAGAAUAACCAUACCUUACUAGGAAGUAAGCCCCCCAUGAAUUAUACAUGGGGAUUACUUUCGGAUAAAUUUGUUUAGGAUUGCUGCUUGAAUCAGUCUUUUAAGGCACAAAACAGGAAUGUUAACAAGGGUCCCCAUAAAUUCCUAGACCUGUGGAAACCAUUUUGUGCCUCCCUCAGCAUUUUCAUUUCUAUGUCUUCUUUGCAGAAUGUGGAAUAGGAGGGAGGAAUAUUAAGCGGACUAGAACCUAGGAGAUCAGUGUUAAAAUGAGCACUCAGCUAUGAAGUGCUAUGUGACCUUGGGCUGUUCCUCAUCUCUCAGCCUAACCUGCCUCAACAGGAUUGUUGUGAGGAUAACAUGGUGACAUGAGGAAUGGAUGGUAGCUUGAGCUCCUUGGAGAAAAGGUGGAAUUGGAUGUAAAUAUAAUACUUAUAAAUAAAGAAUGAUAAUAAUACAAAUUCUUAUCUCCAGCCUGUCUGUCCCUGGUUUUGAAUUUGGGGAGGUUUGUGUAUUUGGCCAGGUUUGGAAUCUUGAAAAGCAACAACCUAAAAAUAAAAGAAAGUAUUUGGGAUAUAAUCAGGAUUUUCAGGCCUACAGACGCUGGACUUUCAGGUGCAAUCUCUGCUGCCAUACCACAUACAGGUUCUGCACACAGAGUUCUCAUCUGAGCCAUCCCCUCCACCACCCUACCAUUUGUAAGUGGUUCAAAUCUGUUUUAUAGUCACUUAUCCUCACAACAACCCUGUAAAAGAGAUGAUAGCACCUGGUUGGCCACUGUGAGAACAGGAUGCUAGACUAGAUGGGCCACUGGCCUGAUCCAGCAGGCUCUUCUUAUGUUCUUAUGUUCUUAUGUUCACAAUUUUAGCAAAGCAACAAAAAUAACAGUAGCAGCACCUUAAAGACUUAGCAAAUUUAUUAUGGCAUAAAAGCUUUCUUGGGCUGCAGUCCACUCCGUCACUUGCAUCACUCUUCAUGAAAGUUUAUGUAGUAAUACAUUUGCUAGCCUUUAAACAGUAAUGGUCUGGAUUUUUUCCCUGCUGUAAGCCAUGGCUAGUUGGCUACCCCACUGAUUGGACUGCUGGAAAAAAAAUGACAUGAUUUUAGGCACAUUCUUCCAGGCUAGGAGACGGUCCGUUCUCUUUCAUAGUAAUGCCAGAAAUUAGUUUUCUUCUCCUUCAUCUCCGCAAAGCGGGGCAGGGGUCAUGGAAGUGCACCUCCAGUCCAAGAGGCCAAUCCUGGCCAUCCAGGGGGAUCCACUUUGGCUCCUGAGGCCAUUUUCGGUAACCCUUGUCAAUCAGGUGACGUCACCUGUUGAUUGUCUGUGAAGAUUUGCAUGGCAGCCAGGUUGUAUUAUUAUUUCCCUCUUCAUGGCUAAAAAAAUGAGCCUAAUUGCUCGGGCCAGUUGCAAUUUUGUACUAGAACGUCUGUUGUUAAGGGCGUUGCUAAAGUUGCUCUGAGCUUACCGCUCCUUCCUCUCUCCUCCCCCCAUUCUCUGUUGUUAAGGUCGCUCCUAUUCUUAAUGUUUUAAAUUCUCUUAGUAUCUUA